AUGGUCAGAGAAAUCAUCCUCGUUAACGCGCCGACCGGCUUUCCUGUCAUAGAAUUGGGCAAGUCGGACUCUACAUUCGAGCUCAAGGAGCUGGAGUUACCAGAGUUGAAGGAUGAUCAAGUUUUGCUUCAAACUAUUUUCCUUAGCAAUGACCCAGCUCAACGCGGGUGGAUUCAAAAAGACCAAAACGCCGACCGUGCAUAUGUACCGCCUAUCCUCCCGGGCGAACGCAUGCGCGCCGGAAGUGUCGCAAAGGUGCUCAAAUCUACUUCACCUUCCAUCAAAGCAGGCACUCUAGUGCAAUGCUAUGGUGGAUGGGCAGAACAACUUGUCGUCAACGCUAAAGAUGCAUUCCCUCUUCCUGACAUUCCGGGAUUGAGCCCGAGUGUUUUCUUGGGUGCGGUUGGAGUGCCGGGGUUGACAGCGUAUUUUGGGCUCAAGGAUGUCUGUAAGCUGCAAAAGGGACAGGAUAUCAUCAUCUCGGGAGCUGCUGGUGCUACUGGAAACGUCGCCGUACAACUAGCAAAACACGUAUUCGGGGCCGGUAAAGUGAUCGCUAUCGCUGGCUCCGAUGAAAAGUGCGAAUGGUUGAAGAAGAUUGGUGCUGAUGUUGCUUUGAACUACAAAUCUCCUUUGUUCUCCGAAGCCAUAGCAGAAGCAGCUAAACCCUCCUAUGUCGACUGUUAUUUUGACAACGUCGGUGGUACUAUUCUUAAUACAUGUCUGCCUUUGAUCAAGAGAAAUGGCUGUGUCGCUGCGUGUGGUGCGAUUAGCGGUUAUAACGACCCGAGCCAAACGGUUUUGAGCAACUGGUCUGAGAUAAUUAUUAACCGAAUCACUGUUCAAGGGUUCAUCGUCAUGGACUACUACCAUCGUCGAGGUGAGGGGAUUGAAGUGAUCUCUUCUGCCAUCAAGGAAGGAAAGCUUUCCGUAGCUGGAGGGGAGACCAUCGUACGCACAGGCUUUGAGAAAGUCCCGGAAGUUUGGAUCAGACUCUUUCGAGGGGAGAAUACAGGCAAAUUGGUUACGCAGAUUGCCGAUUUGUAG